CCCUCCAGCCUGUGCCCGGCGCGCUUCCUUUUGCGCCGGCGCAGUGGGCCGCAACCCGGAAGGGUUCUUCACUUCCGCGCUCCCUUCCGCCCUCCUUUCCGGCCUGCGCCCGAGCGGGUGGUGCUCAAAUGGCUCCCGCAAAGAAAGGCAGUGAGAAGAAGAAGGGGCGAUCUGCCAUCAACGAGGUGGUGACCAGGGAGUACACCAUCAACAUCCACAAGCGGAUCCAUGGAGUUGGCUUCAAGAAACGGGCACCGCGUGCUCUCAAGGAAAUCCGUAAAUUUGCAAUGAAAGAAAUGGGUACCCCUGAUGUUCGCAUUGACACCAGGCUGAACAAGGCAGUCUGGGCUAAAGGAAUAAGGAAUGUUCCUUACCGUAUCCGUGUGCGUUUGUCCCGAAAACGCAAUGAGGAUGAAGAUUCACCAAACAAGCUGUACACGCUGGUAACCUACGUACCAGUCACAACAUUCAAAGGUCUACAGACAGUCAAUGUGGAUGAAAAUUAAACUGAUUUUAAUUACAAUAAAGUUAAAAAAAGAAAGUUUACUCUUAAA